AUGAGUGACUUGACGCCUCUCUUCAACCAGUGUGUUGAUAUCGUCUCCAAAGAGCUUAGCUCGUCUAUAGAGCAUGCUCCAUUGAAGAAGAAGACGCCACCAUAUUAUGUCGAGGACACUUUCAUCAAGGAAUGUCUCCAAUUGUACGUGAACCUAGUCAACCUAGGAUCGUUCAUUUCGAAAAUAAGGCCCUUUUAUUUACAAGUCAAUGAUGAAUUCACAAGAAUUGAAAAGAGCAGUUCGUCUCAUUUGGGUCUCGAGGAGAAGAAUAAAAUAGACGAGGAGUUCAAGAUCAAGAUCCAACAAACAUUUGAGAAGAUGAAGUUUCUCCAGUCAUACCAACGCAAACAAACAGAAUUGGCUGAAUCCAAGAAACUGAAACAAGGCUUUAUGUCUUCAUUUUUUGGCACCAGUGAUAUGGAUCCAGAGACUUUGUAUGAUAUCACGGUUGCUUCUCAUAGAACACAAGUGUUGCGCUUCUUGAACGAAACAGCCACGAAUGUGAACCGCAACUUUGAGCUGAUGCAGAGGAAAAGAUACGAUAGGGAGAAGCAAUUGAGUCUUUUGCAUUUCCAGAACAUUGAUGAUGAAGAUUUGAACGAGUCUGCUGACCCUUUCAAGUCUACCUACCAGUUUGAUGUGGUUGCGGAUGAGGACGAGAAGGUUGAACGAGAAUUAUCUCAACUUAGUCAAGAACAGAUUCAGGAACUUAAAGAAGAGAACAAGGAGCUUCUAACGAGGAAAACUAACCAGUUCAAGCAAGUUGAAAAGCUUCAUCACUCGAUAGUUGACAUUGUCAAACUACUGUCCGAGUUGUCUACUCACUUAGAGACGCAGGCCGAACAGAUAGACAACUUGCUAGACAACCAGGACCAAGUGGAUAUUGAUCUACGCUUGGGAAACAAGACACUUACAAAAGCUACCAGCAGAAACAAACGAGGCUCGAAUUUGAUCGUUACAACAUGCAUCGUUUUGGGUGUCAUCAUUCUCGUUCUCGAUUACAUUGUGUGGUGA